UUUUCUGGAGGCAAUAAAAGGGCAAAGAGAAGAGUCGCCUCAUCGCCACACAAACAAAAGACAUUCCUCCUUCUUUCUUCGCUCAGCUCCUACAAGAAAGGGCGAAGAAUCUCCCCUCCUUGACCAUCUCUUUACCAUCGAUUCCCUUUGAGGUCAAAAAUGGUUGAACAGACUCAGCAAAAGGCAUGUGGCCCACUCAUGCGUUCCGGUGUUUCUCACGACAUCAUCCAUGGCUACACAUCUGGUAUCCAGAGGCGUGCGACGUACGGGAACUACUCCAACGCUGCGUUCCAGUACCCUCUUACCACUUCCAGGAUUGUGGCGACUACUUCUCCUGUGUUUGUCCAAGCCCCUGCGGAGAAAGGGUUCUCUAGCUUUGCUAUCGAUUUCCUCAUGGGUGGUGUUUCCGCCGCUGUGUCUAAGACCGCUGCUGCUCCCAUCGAGCGUGUCAAGCUUUUGAUUCAGAACCAGGAUGAGAUGCUCAAGGCUGGAAGGCUCUCUGAGCCUUACAAGGGUAUUGGUGACUGUUUCGGCAGGACCAUUAAGGAUGAAGGUUUUGGUUCUCUGUGGAGAGGAAACACUGCUAACGUUAUCCGUUACUUCCCCACUCAGGCCUUGAACUUUGCAUUCAAAGAUUACUUCAAGAGGCUUUUCAACUUCAAGAAGGACAGGGAUGGUUACUGGAAGUGGUUUGCUGGUAACUUGGGAUCUGGAGGUGCAGCUGGUGCAUCUUCCCUUCUCUUCGUCUACUCUCUUGACUAUGCACGUACCCGUCUUGCCAAUGACUCCAAGGCAGCGAAGAAGGGAGGUGAAAGGCAGUUCAAUGGUCUUGUUGAUGUCUACAAGAAGACCCUCAAGUCUGAUGGUAUUGCUGGGCUUUACCGUGGAUUCAACAUCUCCUGUGUUGGUAUCAUUGUCUACCGUGGUCUCUACUUCGGACUCUACGACUCUUUGAAGCCUCUUCUCCCUGCUGAUCUCCAGGACAGCUUCUUCGCUAGUUUUGCCCUUGGAUGGCUUAUCACCAACGGUGCUGGUCUUGCAUCUUACCCAAUCGACACAGUCCGUAGAAGAAUGAUGAUGACCUCCGGUGAAGCCGUCAAGUACAAGAGUUCGAUGGAUGCAUUCCAACAGAUCCUGAAGAAGGAAGGACCUAAGUCUUUGUUCAAGGGUGCUGGUGCCAACAUCCUUCGUGCCAUUGCAGGUGCUGGUGUGCUCUCUGGAUACGACAAGCUGCAGUUACUUCUUCUCGGAAAGAAGUACGGAUCUGGAUCCGGCUAAGCAUACUAAUCCACCAGUCACCCAACAACAGUUGAAUGCUUCGGCUUUUAUUUUUAUUUUAUCUUCGAUUUAAUUUGCAGUUUUUCAGACUUUUUAAAAAGGUCAAGAUGUUGAUGAAAUCUUUUGCUAUAAACUAGAGAGAGGAGCAAGGGGAAAUUUUCUUAUUGAAUAAAUUUUGUAUGGGGAUGGAGUUUGACUUCCUCCAUAAGUACCAAGUUACGAUUGCGACUUUUUGUUCUAUCAAGUUUAACCUUUUUAAAAAUAUUUUGAUCUCA